CUCAGAUGAAGCAGGAGCAUGACAAGAGGCAAGCAAGCCUCAUAGCUGAACACAACGAACAGCUAAAGCGUACCCAACUGCAAGCUGAAAAUGAAUUGAGAGAGAAAACAAUGUUUAUGAGGAAUGAUCAUGAAGCUCAGAUCAAAGCAUUGAGGUGUGAACUUGAAGAUGAGUGUCGGAAGCUGGAAGAGGAGUUGCAUCUUCAAAAAUCCAAAGAAGACAGGCAAAGGGCUUUGUUGCAGUUGCAGUUGAAAGUGAUGAGUGACAAGCCCAAAGAGGACCAAGAAGUGAAUUCAAAACAGGUUGACUUGUGUUUCAAUCUAUUUGUCUGCGUCUGUCUUCAAAUGGAUGCCAUAUUUGCUAAUUUUCAUGUUGGGAUACCUUUGGUAGUUUGGUUUGACAUAUUACAUUUAUCAUUUGGAAGGCACAGUUGGGGAAAUGAGAAGACAUUUCUUGUAUACCUAAAUGUGCUUCUUUAA